AUGAGUAGCACUCCUGCAGAGUUACCAGGCUAUUACUACGAUGCGGAGAAGAAGAGAUAUUUCGCAAUAGAAAAAUCUCACACCGCACCCGCCUCAGCGAAGUGGUCCUCUGCCUCAGUCAAGCGGCGCAAACUCGAAUCUCAAGCCGCCGAGGAAGCGUCCAAGGAGGAGGAGCUCAUUAAGAACUCUGUUAAGCGCAAUGUCUUAAUUCAUGAUGCUGCUGCCUCGGGACUGCUUGCGCGCGAGAUGGGGAGCCCGAGGACUGCUGAGGCUGGUCGGGGGAGGCUUGAGAACGGGGACAUGGCUGCUGCUAUGUGGGCUCGGGGAUUGACUGACAAGGGGAGUGUUGCGUUUGAGAUCAGUUUGAAUUAUGAGACGCAUCCGCAUAUGCCGUGUUUUUAUGUCAGUGGGAAGGAGUGUGGCACGGAGUCGGCUAUAGCAUAUUCGAGUUUUGACGACGAGUUGUUGAUGGGAAUUUACAUUGAGACGGAUGAAAACGAAAACCUGAAGACCAGAUCAGCUUCUAUCCGCCAAUCGGGAAAACCCCACUAUGAGAUGAUUUACUGUCCUCAGAUGUCAUCCAUCAAAUAUCAUCAGCCGACUAACAAGGUUCUCCUCACUUCGAAACAAUACGGCGAAAACCGUUCACUCUGUGUUUUUACUCCUCCAAUGGAAACUUCACCUGACCUUGGACUGCAUUGGGCCCUAGGCGAAAUUAAUAGCUACCGCAAUAUCAUGAAUGACUUCUCACAGAACUGGAACUGGGGUGUCAACCAGAGUACGCCUGCUCCUGCCUCCUCUAACCUCCUCUGCGUGGUGGGAACGAACAAGGGAAUCCAACGCAUUCAUCUCAAUGAGACUCCUAGCUGGAUCACUCAAACAGCGACUCCGCCCAACUACGGCCAUGAUGCAAGGAUCGAUUACCCUGGCCGCAGGACAUACUUUGGCCCUCAGGAGAUCUUCUCUCAAGAUUUCCAAGUCGGUAACCACAACAUAUUGCUUGCGGGCGGCCGGCAGCAUCGCCUCUGGAUUACUGAUCUCAGAGCACCGGCCGCCGGAUGGAGCUUUGUUAAGUACGGGUCGUCCAUUGCUCACGUCCGCAGCAUCAACUCCCACCAGGUCCUGGUUGCCGGUCUGCAGAACCGGAUGUCCAUGUACGACAUGCGCUACUUCCGAUCUGACAAGAAAGGCCCCCGUGGCCUAAUCACCUCCUCUCCGCUGCUCGAAUUCCCAGACUACAAGAACGAGUCGUACUUUCAAAUCGGCUGGGACGUAUCCACGGAGCUCAACCUCGUGGCCUCGGCGCAGGACAACGGCACCGUUAAGCUCUUCUCCCUCAGCUCUGGCCGCGCUGUGCGCUCGGGCAAGGCCCUGGAGAGCCUUCGGACGGGGAAUCCCGUAAAGGCCAUGAUGUUCCAGACGUUGCCGGGAGAGAAAUUGCCGAGUUUGUAUGUGGCUGAGGGCCUGUUCUUGAAGAAAUUCGGGUUCGCGCCAGGUAAUGAUUCUGACGACGAAUGAGCCCCUUUCACUUUGUCUUUUCUUCCUGGGGAUAUAUUUGCACCGAUUUGAUGUCGAUUUGCUUGUCCAAGGUACUAUUUCUGAGAAUUUUCUUGUUUGUUUAUUUUUUAUUUAUUUUUUUUUUUUCCAUGUCAGGAUCAGCACGGGAAAUCCCUUUUUUGUUUAGGUACGAUUUGGAAGGGACGGAUUUGGUGUUUCUGGUUCCCGAAUUUGCUUCACAAAGGAUACACGCUUUACACCGUUUGAUACUGAUUUGAUACGAUGCAACAACAAUACUGUUGUUACCGAAGGACGGGUUUGCCAAAAAGGGUUACAUAAGGGCGCCAGGCAUAUGCGAAAUGAGCUACGAAUAACGGCGCACAACGGGAAGGAAUGGGAAAAAAUGAUUAUCUUGUUCUCCUUUGAGGGAACGGUUAUGGUUAUUGAUAUGUCGUCUUGUCUAUUUUACUCUACUUUGCUACACAUUUACAGACAGGCAGACGGACAGACAUGCUUGAUAGUAUAAGCCCGCUAGGGAGCUUGUAUGAAUCCAUGUAACGAAAUUAACAUU